UCGAUUUUUUAUUAAGGUUUAAAAUGUCAACUUUCCUGCCAGCCGUUCAUUUUUAUGUUGUAGUUCAGCCUCUGGCCGCUAGUUGGCAACAGCGAGCCAGCCACUUGACUCUUCCACUCCUAAAGAGCCACAGAGUUAGCGCUAGCUUGGUAGCAGAAAGCACAAAUGGCAAAGUCAGAGACGGUUAGACCGGCACCCGCUGCCUUUAAAGCUGCAGUGUGGACUCAUUUCGGGUUUCAAAAUAAAGAAGGCAGUACUACGGAGUUUGAUAAAGCCCAUGCUGUUUGCAAAAUCUGCAACGCCAGGGUCAAAUACUCAGGUAACACGACGAAUCUUCGAGCUCACAUGGCGAGACACCACAGCGAUGUACAGCUAGCAACAGCUAACACGACGAAGCGAGUGGAGUCGGCUCAGUUGAAGCUUACUGACGUUCAAACACCGAAGUUGCCGUCGUCUUCAGCUCGUGCAACCAAGAUAACAGAGUCAGUGAUUUAUUUUAUUUGCAAAGACAUGCGCCCUCUUAGUGUUGUAGAAAAC